GUGAACCUCGAUCUGACGUCCCUCCUCGAUGGUGAGGACAAGAAGUCCAAGAACAAGCGGGGCGUCCUGCCUAAACAUGCCACCAACAUCAUGCGCUCAUGGCUCUUCCAGCAUCUCAUGCACCCCUACCCCACAGAGGAUGAGAAGAGGCAAAUUGCCGCCCAAACCAACCUGACCCUCUUGCAAGUCAACAACUGGUUCAUCAAUGCCCGGCGGCGCAUCCUGCAGCCAAUGCUUGAUGCCAGCAACCCAGACCCUGCCCCCAAAGCCAAGAAAAUCAAAUCUCAGCAUCGGCCCACCCAGCGGUUCUGGCCCAACUCCAUCGCUGCUGGGGUCCUGCAGCAGCAGAGUGGCAAUUCGGGGACAAAUCCUGACGGCUCACUCAGCAUGGACAACCUUCAACCCCUCUCAUCAGCGACAGCCACCAUGGCCAUGCAGCAGGCCAUGCUGGCAGCCCAUGACGACUCCCUUGAUGGCACUGAGGAAGAAGAGGAGGACGAGGAGGAUGAGGACGAGAUGGAGGAGGAGGAGGAAGAAGAGGAAGAGCUGGAAGAAGAGCCUGGUGGCCUCCCGACGGCACCUGGCGCUGACCUCGGCUUGGACCACAGUGACUCCUUGGAAUAGCUCCUCCUGCACCAUCCCCAAAUCAUUGACAGCACCAGAAACAAAAUUCCCCCAGAAAUGCCAAAAAAACAACCCCUGGCAAGAACAAAAACAAAAUUGGUGAGAAAAAAGCAAAUUGGAGGCACUGGUGGCUGCCC